AACAGAAAAUCAUUCUCCAAGACUUUUUCUUGCAGUGUUUGAUGUGAUCUCAUGGCACGGUGUGCUGAGAUGAUUAAGUGUGGAGAGAGAGAGAGAGAAAGUGGUAAAGGGAGACUCAGUCCAGCUUCAGUCCUUUUUUGCCAGCACACAUCUGCUGCUGAGGAGAUGGAAUACUAAUCCAAAGAGGAACCUCAAAGAUCACUCUGCACAGCAUGGCUGAGGAUACCAGUAUGCUGUGAGAGGGAAAGCAGACGGAACUCUCCAAAUUGAGAGUUUUAAACUUUUUCUCUAGUUGUGCUGAUGCUUUCUCUUACACUUGUUGUGAUGUCCCAGUGCUGCAGGCAGGUCCUGCUCGGUGUAGAGCUGGGCAUGCUGGUCAUGGUCCUGGUGGCCGGCAGCGCUGGACAGAUCCAUGACAGGAGGGAGGCAGGGUCGUCCUGCUACGGAGGAUUUGACCUUUUCUUUGUUUUGGACAAGUCUGGCAGUGUACAGCAUUACUGGAAUGAGAUUUAUUACUUUGUUGAUCACCUUGCUCACAAGUUUAUCAGCCCUCAGCUGCGGAUGUCUUUUAUAGUUUUUUCCACAGAAGGAAGGACUUUAAUGGCACUAACAGAAAACAGAGAGCAGAUCCGAGCCAAACUGGAGGAGCUCAGUAGGGUGCAGCCGGGUGGAGACACUUACAUGGACAAAGGUUUAAAAAGAGCCAGCGAGCAAAUUUACUACGCCACUGGAGACGGUUACCGGACAGCAAGUGUUAUCAUCGCUCUGACGGACGGGGAACUGAGAGAAAAUCAGUUUGACAUGGCACAAAGAGAGGCCGGCAGAGCCAGACAGCUCGGGGCCACAGUGUACUGUGUGGGAGUUAAGGACUUCAAUGAAACCCAGCUUUCAACAAUAGCCGACAGUAAGGACCAUGUGUUUCCCGUGAAUGACGGAUUUCAGGCGCUGCAGGGGGUCAUCGACUCGAUCCUGAAGAGAUCAUGCAUUGAGAUCUUGGCUGUGGAGCCCUCCAGCAUCUGUGAAGGAGAAUCCUUUCAGGUGGUUGUCAGAGGAAAUGGUUUCUAUCACGCCCGAGAUGUUCAGAAGGUUCUCUGUAGCUUUCGCAUCAAUGACACUGUGACUCUGAUGAAAAGACCUCUGGUGGUCAGAGAUGUUUACCUUUUGUGCCCAGCUCCUGUUCUGGAAAAAGAGGGAACGACUGCCACUCUCCACGUCAGCAUGAAUAACGGCCUCAGCUUCAUAUCAAGCUCCGUCACCAUUACUGCUGUCACCUGUUCCGAUGGGAAAUUUGUGGCCAUAGCUCUGCUCAUCCUGCUGCUCCUGCUCACCAUCGCUCUGCUUUGGUGGUUCUGGCCUCUUUGUUGCACCGUGGUCAUUCAUGAGCCGCCCCCUCCAGUCAUGGAGGACAUCUCUGAUGAUGAGGAUGGUUUUCCCAAGAAGCGUUGGCCAACUGUCGAUGCUUCGUACUACGGAGGACGUGGAGUUGGAGGAAUCAAGAGAAUGGAGGUUCGAUGGGGAGAUAAGGGCUCAACGGAAGAAGGAGCCAAACUGGAAAAAGCUAAAAACGCUCGCGUUGUGAUGCCUUCAGAGGAGUACGAGUAUGAUCCUCGGCCUUACUACCACACACACAAAUCCAUCAGCCCUCAGAAGUGGUACUCUCCCAUCAAGGGUAAACUAGAUGCUUUGUGUGUACUCCUGAGAAAAGGCUAUGACCGAGUGUCUGUGAUGCGACCUCAUCCUGGAGACAAGGGCCGGUGCAUAACCUUCACCCGAACCAAAUCCUACCCUGCUCCCCGCUACCCCAUCUACAACCACCCCUCCACGCCUGUCUACACCUUACCCCACUGUUAUCAGCGCCGUCCAUCAGACGACAGCAACCUCUACCAUCUGCCGCCUUCGCCAACCUCAACACUCCCCCCUCUGCCGUCCACUCCUCCCCCAUCCUCCACCAGCCCUCCCAUGUACACUCCCCCUCCGAACAGAUCACUGCCCCCCAACAUGAGCCCGAUCUACGCACCUCCAUCACCGACUGGCACCCUUCCGCCUCCACCUCAGGGUCCAGCUCCAUGCAGAGCCCCUCCUCCGUCACGCCCUCCACCGCGUCCUAAUCAGGACGACCACUGAUGAAUCCAAGCCCAAGUAGAAGGAUUCAAACUCAGGAUGGAGACAUGAAAGACUUUCUCACUUUGUGUCUGUUUACUGAUGUCCGAGCAAAGUAAGGAUUAAAGUGACUUCAAUGUGUUGCCUUUAGAGGCUGCAGCAACACCCGCAAAGCAAAUCUUUCAACACGGAAGUCUGUUUCCUCAAAAAUGAUUUGCAUUGAACUUUGACUUGUUUUCAGUCCAAAUAAUGAUUUCAUAGUGUAACAAGCACAGCUUUGACGAUUAAAAUCACAUUGGUGCCAAGCAAUGUAUGCACUUGUCUCAAACAAAUUGAGACCAAUUGGUAAAGCAUUGUGAUGUGCCAAUAUAUGUUUUAUAAACUUGCAUUUUAGCGUUUGCCUGAUGUAAAACUUUCAUUCUGAUCUAAUCCACAGUUUAAAUGGGUACAAAGCCCUUUGGCUGACACACUCCCUCAUGUGUUUUGCCAGUUUGUAUAUUUUGCGAAUGAAUAUUCAUUAAACACAGAGAUAUAUA